GGUUAAAAGGACGUGUCCAACACUGUUAAACUUACUUUAUAUGGACAAACUUUCUUUAUUCUGAGAUGAUCCCAACACUAAAAUCCAUAUGGAACAUGAAGAAUGGGAUAGUUCUUUUCUUCACUCCUUUGAUUUUUCUUCCACUCCCAGUGGUCAUCAACACAAGGGAGGCCAGCUGUGCCUAUGUGAUCAUACUGAUGGCAGUUUACUGGUGUACUGAGGCUCUUCCUUUAGCUGUCACUUCACUGCUACCUGCUGUCCUCUUCCCCAUGCUUGGCAUCAUGCAGUCCAAAAUGGUGUGUAUGCAAUACCUGAAGGACACUAACAUGCUGUUUGUGGGUGGACUAAUGGUCGCUGUGGCAGUUGAGCACUGGAACCUGCACAAACGCAUUGCCCUUCGAGUGCUUCUCAUUGUUGGGGUGCGCCCAGCGCUCCUGAUGCUGGGCUUCAUGGGAGUGACAGCUUUCCUCUCCAUGUGGAUCAGUAACACGGCUACUACGGCCAUGAUGGUCCCAAUAGUGCAGGCUGUGCUGGAACAGCUGAACAAACAGGAGACAGAGUCGUCACAGACGACCUGUGGUGAGGAACGGCCCCAGGCUCCUGAGGCAGAAUACAAACAGACAGCAAAAGACAGAGACUCAGAAGUGGUGCUACGCAUGCUAGAUGUCUCACCAGAGGCCAAACAAAAGGAAUCAGCAGAGAAGCGGUUCAUGGCUAAAGGAAUGACUCUGUGUGUGUGUUAUGCGGCCAGUGUUGGGGGAACGGCCACACUCACAGGCACUGGACCUAACCUAGUACUGAAGGGUCAGAUGAACCAAUUAUUUCCUGAUAAUGGUGAUGUCAUCAACUUUGCCUCAUGGUUUGGGUUUGCCUUCCCCAACAUGAUCAUCAUGCUGACGAUAGCUUGGCUGUAUCUUCAGUUCAUUUUCAUAGGAUUCAACAUUAGGAAGACAUGGGGAUGUGGAGCGGUAAAGUCAGAGAAGGACAUAGCUGCCUAUAACGUGAUCCGGGAGCAGCAUCUUCAGCUGGGACCGAUGUGUUUUGGCGAACUCAGCGUUCUGGCUCUCUUCAGUUUGCUUAUAGCACUGUGGUUUACUCGAGAUCCUGGAUUUGUAACAGGCUGGGCAACACACACCUUUAACAUUGAAGCAGAAUAUGUGACAGAUGCUACAGUUGCAGUCUUCAUUGCCCUGUUGCUCUUCAUUCUGCCAUCUAAACCACCCCGGCUUUGCUUCGGGUCAUCAACUGGCUCUGAAACGGAGCCUCAACCCUAUUCUGCGCCCAGUCCAGCCCUGCUCUCCUGGAAAGUAGCUCAAAAGAAGUUACCCUGGAACAUAGUUUUGCUCCUAGGUGGAGGAUUUGCAUUGGCCAAAGGUAGCGAGGAGUCAGGUCUGUCCAGAUGGAUGGGAAACCAGUUGACUCCUCUGCAUAGUAUCCCUCCCUGGGCCAUUGUCAUCAUCCUGUGCCUCUUGAUUGCCAUUUUCACUGAGUGUACCAGCAAUGUUGCCACAGCUACCUUAUUUCUUCCUGUCCUUGCUUCUAUGUCUCAAUCGGUUGGAAUCAACCCUCUUUACAUCAUGGUGCCAUGCACACUCAGUGCGUCCUUUGCAUUCAUGUUACCAGUGGCAACUCCACCAAACGCUAUAGUCUUUUCCUACGGAUACCUCAAGGUUUCAGACAUGGCAAAAACUGGCAUGAUGAUGAAUAUCAUAGGGAUUUUCUGCAUCACCUUAUCCAUCAACACCUGGGGCAGGGCUAUGUUCAACCUAGACUCUUUCCCUGCAUGGGCCAACCAAACAGUAAUAUGACAGACACUACAAGGCCAAAUGGAAACCAGCAAGCUGCUUAAUUUCUUCUCAUCAUUCUCAUAAACAUCGUGGAUCAUAGCUGCAGCAGACAGAAAAUGAAAUCUGUCAUGUCUUGCAGGACUAUUUUGCACACUCAUAACCUCUUUCAGACCUACAGUAACUAAGCACCAGGAUAUACUACAGUAUGUUCAAAUGUUUGGGGCUCUUACGAUUUUUUAAUGUUUUUGAAAUCUCUUAUGCUCAUCAAAAAUGCAUUAAAAUCUGAUUUAAAAAAAUACAAUAAGAAUAAUAUUGUGAAAUAGUUUUCUAAUUAAUAUUAAUAAUAUUGUGAAAGUUUUUGCAACAAAAUGACCAUUUUAUAUUUUAAUAUAUAUAUUAAAAUGUAAUUUAUUCCUGUAAUGGCAAAGCUGGAUUUUCUAGCAGCCAUUACUACAGUCUUCAGUGUCACACAAUCCUUCAGAAAUCAUUCUAAUAUGCUGAUUUCGUAUUAUCAUAUUUGAAAACAGCUGUGCUGCUUAAAAUGUCUGUGGAAACCAUGUUUGUUUGAUUCUUCGAUGAAUAGAAAAGGGUGAAUUUUACUAACCCCAAACUUUUGAACACUACAUUGUCAUAACAUUUUGCAACACAACUUUAUCAACCAAAUAUGCAUUUCAGAUGUUUCAAACAUUGAAACAAUCAAAUGUUUCAAACAUUUCAUAUAUUCACAAACAUAGCUUUAGAUGGCAUGAUUAUCUGAUAAGAGUAGACUAAACGAUGACCCAGAAGACAAAAACAUAUUGUGGAUGUUCGUUUCAAU